GACCCGCGUGCCCGCAUCCGCUUGGAGGAAAGGAUACCAUCUAUGAAUCUAUGAUCAAUGGACCUCGUGAAAGGAGAAGCUCUGGGCUGAAAGCUUGGAGUAAUCGGCGACGCAGUGUUGAAAAUUGAAACGCCAUGGCUCUCUCGGUUGAUUGUUGAUACCAGAAUUCACCUCCAGUUCUUUGGAGCUUGAGAUGGGGAAUAAGCCUGAGAAACAAGCUCAGAAACCCGAUGGGAUUUUCGUGAAGGCUAUGCCUCCACUAGACCAAACUUAUGUUCGAUGGCUUGCUCGCGACCUUGAGAGGCUGUAUGGUGUUGCUCCAAAGGCUCCGAAGGCGAUAAAGCCACCGGACCAUUAUAUCGAAUACAUGCGCAUGUAUGGAAUGCUGGAUGUGGACUUAAAUGAUGCAGACCUUGAUGAAGUGCUAAAAAAGUAGAACAUUCUCUCUCAUUUAUUCAUAUGUAAAACCUUUAUCUCUGCCUUCCCUCUGAAGGCCUUCUUGUCUUCAACAAUCUAUGUUGUAUGCAAUGUUACUAGUUGCACUGUUGGUAAAUUUAAAA